AUGAAACCAUCUAAACUGCAAGAUCAUCUGAGAAGAUGCCACCCUGAUAAAACAGAGAAAGAUUUGAAAUACUUUCAAACACUCAAAGAUAAAUUUCAGAAGAGACCUACACUGGACAGAAUGUUCGCUUCGACGUCACAAAGAAAUGAUGAUGGUUUGCAGGCAUCUUACAAUAUCUCGUUACUUACAGCAAAAUCCGGAAAACCGCAUACUAUCGGAGAGAAGUUAAUUUUGCCAGCCGUUGAAGAGGUUUUAAAAACUGUUUUACACAAACCUGCAUCUGAUAUCAUUAACUGUUAA